AUGAGGUCCUUCAUUGUUGGACUGGCGUGUGCUGCCGUGGCGUGGGCGGCCGGGGGUGCUCUUGAGCUUGACCCGCGAUGGGAUAAGCCGACUAGGACGACGACCAUUGUGACUUAUACGACGGUUACUGUUUGUCCUUAUACCUCGACGGUGACCCAUGGCGGAACAACCGUCGUCGUCACCAAAUCCACGCUGUCAACCAUAACCCUCACCAGCUGCAGAGGCUGCGAAGGAAACACGGUGACGGUCCCCGGACCAACCGUCACCCAAGGGACCACGACGCUGGUCGACAUCACCUACACGACCGUGUGCCCCGUCACGCAGACCAUCACGGCCCCCGGAUCAACCUACCUCACCACCAAGACGGUCACCAGCAGCGUCGUGACCAGGGUGCUCACCACCAUCUACAACGUCGUGACGCAGCCCGGCGUGACCAGGACCGCCACCGACGUGGUCCUCUCGACAAUCACCUCGCUCUGCCCCGUCACCCAGGUCACCACCAUCGGCGGCAGGGAGCAGACAAUCACCUUCACCACCACCAGCCUCAUCACCACGCUCGUCCCCGUCACCGAGGAGAGGACCGUGACGCAGCCGGACCGCACCAAGACCGAGGUCCGCGGCCUCACCUCGACAAUCACCUCGCUCUGCCCCGUCACCCAGGUCACCACCAUUGGCGGCAAGGAGCACACCAUCACCUUCACCACCACGAGCCUCAUCGAGACGGUCAUCCCCACGACGCUCCAGCAGACCGUCACCCAGCCGGGCCAGACAGUCACCGCCACCGACGUGGUCAAGUCCACCAUCACCAGCGUCCACCCCGUCACCCUCGUCACCACCAUCAACGGCAAGCAGGAGACCAUCACCACCACCGCCACCAGCCUCAUCGAGACCGAGGUUCCCGUCACCGUCACCAAGACCAUCCACGGCGAGGCCACCACCGCCACCCUCACCAACGUCGCCUACCAGACCGUCACCAACCUCGUCCCCGUCACCCAGGUCGUCACCGUCGGCGGCGAAAAGGUCACCGUCGUCAACACCCGCACCGAGGUCGUCAAGGUCGCCCACUCGAGCGUCAUCUUCCAGACCGUCACCGCCCCCGGCCAGACCCUCUCCUCCGUCCAGGUCCUCACCGUCACCGAGACCCUGGGCGGCGGCGUCGCCACCCAGACGGUCACCGUCCCCGGGGGGCCCGUCACCUCGGUCGUCCAGAGCACAAACACCGUCCACCAGAGCGUGCCGUCGUCCACCCUCGUCGUCACCCAGACUUCGGCUCCCGUCGUCACCGCCGCUGCUCAAGCCCAUGCCCCUGCCGUCGGGUACCUCUUUGCCGGCGUGGUGGGUGCCAUGGCCCUGUUUUAA